CGGAUGCUGACGUGGCAGGACAUAAGAGUAGUAGACCACACACACUGAAGUCUGAACUGAACUCUGCGUUCCGAAGAAUCUUCCUCUCUAGCUGUUUGCUUUUGGGAUUUAGAUCUCUGAUUCAAAUUGGUUGUUAUGAGGGGUGCAAAAUGGUUUUCUGGCAGUGGAUGAACACCAUUCUUCGGGUGAGGAUGGGGAUAUGAUAGAGAGUUCUAAUGGGAAGGAUUUGGUUUCAACUGAAGGGAGUUCAGAUAUGGAGCCGUAUGUCGGUAUGGAUUUUGAAUCUGAGGAGGCUGCCAAGGUGUUCUAUGAUGCAUACGCCACUCGCAUGGGGUUCAUCAUGCGCGUUGAUGCAUUUCGGAGAUCAAUGCGUGAUGGGAAAGUUGUUUGGCGUCGACUUGUGUGUAAUAAAGAGGGUUUUCGUAAAUUGAGGCCCAAAAGAAGUGAAAAUAGGAAACCUCGGGCGAUCACAAGGGAAGGUUGUAAGGCAAUGAUAGUGGUGAAGAAAGAGAAAACUGGGAAAUGGGUUGUUACAAGAUUUGUAAAGGAGCAUAAUCAUCCAUUGGUAGUUACACCUGCUAAUGGUAGACGAAGUGUGCUUCUAUCACAAACACCCGAUGAGAAAGAUGUAAAAAUUCGAGAAUUGACUGCUGAGUUACAGCGAGAGCGAAAGCGAUCUGCAGCUUUUCAAGAACAACUUGAUAUGGUUCUAAGAGAUAUGGAGGACCAUUCACACCACCUAUCUAGAAACAUUGAUGACAUAGUUCAAAGUGUGAGGGAAAUUGAAUCAAAGAGGUUAGCCCUUUCACAUAGCUAGUGGCUGCAGUAGAUGUUCAAUUUGAUUUGUCUCUGUACAAUUUCUUUGAUUAUGUAUCAUUUAUUUUCAAGAUAUAAAUUUUAGUUGUAGGUUUUUCCUUUUAGUCUGGCAUUGUAGGUUGAACUCCUCUUAUUGUAUAAUAAAUAAGGCAAAUAAAAUUUGGUGAGGUGUUUA